GAGAUGCCUGCAAUUUCCUGGUCUCCGGGUAGAUCAGGAAUGGCACCUGUUUGUAGAAGGGAGUGGCCUGGCCAAUCCCAAAAGUUUUGAUGAUUUCCUGAACCAUGAGUUUGUCCAGUAUUGCCUCUUGAAGAUGCCAUCUCCCAGAAGGGGAACGGCUCCAUCUAAUGCAGCUGUGCCUCUUCCUGUCUCCAGAGAUGAAGCGAAAGGCUGUGCUGAAGGCAGCAUUUCCUGGAGGAAGCAGUGGCCCAUUGGCAGCCCCUGCUGCAGGAAGUGAGGCGAUGCCAGGCACAGUCACAGGAGAUGAGCAUGCUAGCAAGGCUUCUCCAGCAGCUGGGAUGGAAGAUGGUUUGGAACCCUUGGGAGAUUCUGCAGGUGUGUCUGCAGGGAGGUCUUUUCAGGCUCCUUUCCUGGUUGCUGCGCACAAGCCCGGCUCCCAUCGCAGGGGUCCGCCGAGAGGGAGGAACAGAUCUACUAAACACAUGAAGUCCCUGGAGGCAUCCAAAGACCUGGACCAGAUGCUGAGUGAUCUGGAGAGACGCCGUGAGAUGGACCAAAGGGCUUUGCUGAAGGCAGCACUUCCUGAAGGAAGCAGUGGCUCCGUGCCAGCCCCCGAUACACGACGGGAGGAGAUGCCAGACAGUGCCACAGAAGACGUUAUCACUGAAACAGGAAUAUUUGCCCCGGAUCCAGUGCGCCUCCCAAGAAUUGUCUGCCCCCAGGAUGUGCGCAGGUCCUGCAUGAUAGGCACGGUGGUGACACUGUUCACCGUGCCCCUCGUGCUGAUCGGCUGCUAUCUUGGCAUUCGGAAGCUGUACCAGAGCAGACGGUCAGUUGUUGAUUUUUCUCCACAGCUUUCUUGUAACUCUGCUCAUAGCAUUGGUAGCCUGACUCGUAGUCAUGCUGCACUGGAGCUGUGGCCAGUCCGUGGUUGUCCAAAGAACUCUGCUGAGGGCUCUGCUGCUGCCCAGUGCUUUCAUUGGCCUCUUCAUUGCUGGGCCUUGUCCUGGGGGGCCCGCUGGGGCUGCAGCCAGUGCUGGCUCCCACUGAGGCUGCCAGGCCAAGAGCAGCCCCGGGGGCACAGGGCAGAGGCAGAGCAAGUUCUCAACAGUAUUUGGGCCACACAGCUCAGGACAGGACAGUGCUUAUUUAGUAGCUCAUGUAAAGUUUCAUGGUGACAGUGAUGUUACCAGACAAGCAAAUUUGCUGCAGUUCAGUGUUCAAACAAAUCCAACCUGAUGAAGGUUUGGCUUUGGCCUUGAGGCUUUGCUCUUUGUGUGAGCCCUGUUCUGGAUUGAUUCCCACUCAGUCUUGGAGCCUGUUUUGGGUGAAGGCUCAUCCCGGCCCUGACCCUUGGCAGUUCUGGGCUCAAAGGCACCGCCGAGGCCGCACUGCACGUGACUGGGCUUCAGGGCUCCAUUAGCAAAGGGCUUUGAGAAGUUUAAAUUACUGUAUUCUUACUCUUUGGUUUUCUUUAUGGAAUUCCUUCCCUUUUUUUUUAACUUAAUUUUAAAAAAAC